AUGUCGCGAGCCUUCGAUUACUGCCCGGAGCGGCCGGAGAACAUCGACACCAUCCUCAACGGGCUCGAUCGAUACAACCCAGAGACGACCGCCGUCUUCCAGGAAUACGUGGCGCAACAGUGCGAGAACCAGACAUACGACUGCUAUGCGAACCUGGCGCUGCUGAAACUGUACCAAUUCAACCCACACCUAACGCGCGAUGAAGCGACGACCAACAUCCUUGUCAAAGCUCUUACCGUCUUCCCAGCACCUGACUACAGCCUCUGCCUAUCACUCCUCCCACCCUACGUCCUCGCACAGAGCAAACUACAACACCAGAACGGCGGUCCAACACCCACCGGCCAAGGAACCCUAGCGGAAGCCGUCCAACAUCUCAACACCCUCCACACCCAACUCAACAACGCCCAAUACGCCGACUUCUGGAACACCUUCGAAGGCGACGAUAUCUAUGCCGACUUGGUCGCAGACGUGCAAGGGUUCGAGGAAGUGAUGCGAGUGCGGAUCGCGGUAGUCGUUAGCCAGUGCAUGCAGGAGGUUCAACGGAGCGUGCUGGAGAGCUGGUUGAACUUGCGAGGCUCGAAGCUGGAGAACUUCGUCCGCGAGGUGUGCGCGUGGACAAUCGAGGGCGAGAGCGUAAAGAUUCCAUCGAAUAAUGAGAAUGAGGCGAGAGGGACGGUGGUGCGGGAGAAUGUCAAGUUUGAGCAGUUUGGUCGGAUUGUGAAGAGGGCGUAUGAGCAGCCAUGUUGA